AUGCCUCUCAUUGCUGCUUUGACGAGAGCCGUGCUUAUCAUCCUAGUUGGAAAGACAGCCGCCCUAGCACCACCCGUAGCUACAUCAACCAGUGGCCCACGGGAUACCAACCCGUCCCUGCAAAGACUCGAGGUUCGACAGGCCGCGUCUGACUUUUCUGAGUUGCGUUCGGGCACUCUCACCAUCACGGUUGCGCCUGAUGCCACCUGUGGAUAUGACGAUCUGGACGACCCGGCCUUGGUGUGCGAGGGAGGGCGACGCUGCACAUGGGAGUUGGCACAACAUGCUCGCGUCUUCUGCGGCUGGACCAGCCUUCGCAAAACCUGUCUUGAUAGUUCGGCAUACUUUAAUACAAAGCUAUGCGAUUCCAAGUGCCGCACAAACGAGCUCACUUAUUCCUGCACUUCAUCCGCGGCUCCAUAUUGUCUCCGGUUACGUUUCGGCAGUGGCAUCAUCGCUUAUACGUGUCACUCCACAAUAGUUUCAUCUGACGUCGAAUUCAGAACUACACAAAGCUUCGAGGAACGGGAAUUUUCCACGGUAGUUCUUGUCGACGGAAAGCCGGUCGAGACUAUAUCUGGUCCAACCGAUGGGCCACAUCCCGGCCCUCCCAUCGGCGCGAUAGUGGGAGGCGUAGUUGGCGGUGUCGGCGUCAUCGGCCUGAUUGUCCUAGGGGUUUUUGGAUUGCGGAUACUCGGUCGUCGUCGAAGCGGUAACCAGAUCCCUCCAAGCCCUACCUCGAGGACACCGGUGCAGGAACAGACACACCUGCCAAAUGCCAAGGCUGCCUCGGCGUCAUCGAACCACCCUGAGCUAUAUGGAUAA